AUGGCCUCCCCCAACCCCGACGCCGCGGGGAUGCAGUCCGUGGCCGCGGCGGGGGCAGGGGAGGGCUCGUCCUCGUCGUUCGGCGCCGUCGCGGGGGCGAUCGUGGCGGCGGGGGAGCAGGCGCCCAGGAGGGCCCUCGCCGUGCGGAAGGAGCGGGUGUGUACGGCCAAGGAGCGCAUCAGCCGCAUGCCGCCCUGCGCCGCCGGGAAGCGGAGCUCCAUCUACCGCGGGGUCACCCGGCAUAGGUGGACUGGUCGAUAUGAGGCUCACCUCUGGGACAAAAGCACGUGGAACCAGAAUCAGAACAAAAAGGGGAAACAAGUAUAUUUAGGUGCAUAUGAUGAUGAAGAGGCUGCAGCAAGGGCCUAUGACCUUGCUGCAUUAAAAUACUGGGGAGCUGGAACACAAAUUAAUUUUCCAGUCUCUGACUAUGCAAGAGACCUUGAAGAAAUGCAGAUGAUCUCCAAGGAGGACUAUCUCGUGUCUCUUAGGAGAAAGAGCAGUGCCUUCUCCAGGGGGUUGCCAAAAUAUCGUGGGCUUCCUAGGCAACUGCAUAAUUCCAGAUGGGAUACGUCUUUGGGACAUUUACUUGGGAAUGAGUACAUGAACCUUAGUUGUGGUAAGGAUAUCAUGUUGGAUGGAAAAUUUGCUGGAAGCUUUGCCUUAGAGAGAAAAAUUGAUCUUACAAAUUACAUUCGGUGGUGGCUACCCAAGAAGACAAGGCAGUCAGAUACAUCAAAAGCAGAAGAGGUUGCUGAUGAAGUCCGAGCUAUUGAAAGUUCAAUGCAACAGACCGAACCAUAUAAGCUGCCCUCUCUUGGCCUCUGUUCUCCUUCAAAGCCCUCUUCAGCAGGCUUAUCAGCAUGUAGUAUAUUAUCUCAGUCUGAUGCCUUCAAAAGCUUCUUGGAGAGGUCUACAAAAUUAUCUGAAGAAUGUACCCUCAGCAAAGAAAUUGUUGAAGGAAAGGCUGUUGCCUCAGUACCUGCUACUGGACAUGAUACAGCAGCAGUUAAUAUUAACAUGAAUGAGCUGCUAGUGCAAAGAGCUACUUACUCAAUGGCCCCUGUUAUGCCUACACCAAUGAAGAGUACCUGGAGCCCAGCCGAUCCUUCUGUUGACCCACUUUUUUGGAGCAACUUUGUCUUGCCAUCUAGUCAACCUGUUACAAUGGCGACAAUAACAACAACAACGUUUGCAAAGAAUGAGGUAAGUUCAAGUGAUCCAUUCCAGAGCCAAGAGUGACCGUACAUGCUUACUGCAGCAGGAUAUUUGGACUGGUCAAUGGCAACAUUCUGUGCUUCGGCUGGAUUCCUUUUGCCCAGCUUUUGAUGUCAACUUGUGAGCAAUACUCCUUGUGUAUCCAUACUUCAUAGGACAUGAAUAGAAGGUAAGACAAGUGCAAGCAUAGUUAUGUAAUAUACAGUGGCUAGUUCCCUGAAAAGUGAGAUUUAGUUGUAGAGCUGUUUGUACAUAUUGCGGUGAUUGUUUCAGCUAAGAGACAACAGAUUUGAGAAAGAGAUCCAACAAAAUGAUGCAGCUUUAAUGGUAAAUUAGUUAUUUUUGUACACAUUUCCAAGUUCUGAGCGAAACGGUAUGCUUGCAUGAUCUCAUGGACAACUUCCUUUGCAAAAAGACUGAUGUUUAGGGAGUAGUAUAAAGUUACAAGAAUGAAGAACAGGACUAGGCUUCG